UCGUUUGACCACAGAUUCGUGUGUUGCGCCAUCUCGCUCUUUGUUUCAACAGCAACAACAACACAACAACAAUGGGUGCCCACGGUUUCGGUAGCCUCGUGCGCAACGCACACGGUCUCGUGACCUUCCAGCUCACUCCAUUCCGUCAGAAGGCCGUCAGCGGCUUCCUCACUCGCGGUGUUGCGAACGGUGCAAAGGAGGCAGCAGAUGCCCUGCCUACCAUGCUCCCUGGUCUCCUGGCCGGUGCUCUCAUCUUCAAGUGGGGCAAGGACCAGUUUGCCGCCAACCAGCGCAAGAACCCUGAGGACUUUGCCAACGACAGCUAAAGCCGAUGCACGCUCGUUUUGCGUGUCUGUUGUGUUCUUGCUUACGUUCGUACCUGUCCACUCAACUGUCUCGCUUGUUCUCGUGUGAGUGUGUGUGUGUGUGUGAUAAUUGUGUGGUUAACGUCGCAUUGUAAUGUGAUGUUUUCUCUCUGUGGUUGUGUCUGUUGUGUGCGUCUGGGAGCACGUGCUCUCGCUCGUUUGUGUAUGUCUCGUGCUGAAAACCACAUGGUGUGCUUGUUGCCACUGUGCUCACGCCCAUAAACAUCUUCGACUGGGGA